UGACAUGGAGUCACGUGCCAAAGCAGUAUUUUCAAGGAAAGCCUCUUGGAUACAACGUUGUUUAUUACCCGGUUGAUUUAAAAAGUGAUUUCAAGUUUGUGAGCGUUAACUACACGACAAACACUACAACCCUUACGGAUCUGGCCGUGUACACCAUCUACGUAGUUAAUGUGUCAGCAGUGAGUUCUGGAGGGAUGGGGCCUGCAAAGAUGGCGAUGACUCGAACGGACGCAGAAGCUCCAUCUCAAGCACCUGACUUGGUAACCGCGUACACCACAAGCUCCACAAGUCUGGUGGUGACAUGGAGUCACGUGCCAAAGCAGUAUUUUCAAGGAAAACCUAUUGGAUACAACAUUACGUAUUACCCAGUUGAUUUAGAGAGUGAAAUAAGGUUUGCCAGUGUGAACUACACGACAAACACUACAACCCUUACGGAGCUAAAUGUUUAUACCAAGUAUGCCAUUAACGUGUCAGCAGUGAGUUCUGGAGGACUGGGGCCGGCAAAUAUGACAAUGGCUCGAACAAGCUCAGAAGCUCCAUCUCGAGCUCCUGACCUUGUGGCCGCUCAUAAUACAAGCUCCACAAGUCUGGUAGUGACAUGGAGUCACGUGCCAAAACAGUAUUAUCAUGGAAAGGUCAUUGGAUACAACAUUAUUUAUUACCCAGUUGAUUUAGAGAGUGAUUUCAAGUUUGUGAGUGUGAACUACACCACAAACACUACAACCCUUGCGGAGCUGCAUGUUUAUACCAAGUAUGCCAUUGAUGUGUCAGCAGUGAGUUCUGGUGGAGAAGGGCCUGCAAAAUCGACCUUGGCUUCAACAGAUAAUCCGUGUCGCAGCUCACCAUGUCGUAACAACGGGACCUGUCAAUUAUCUGGUGAUGUUGUGUUCUGUGAUUGUCCUGAGAAAUUCUAUGGUGACGUCUGUGAGAUUUUUGUAUCCGCCCCCACUGCACCGCCUGGUCAAGUCUUCGUAACAGCAGCAAGCCCUACAAGUUUGAGGGUCUCUUGGGGUAGUGUUCCGGAACAAAAUCGCCAUGGAGAUAUUUUUCAAUAUAAUGUUUAUAUCAGCCUUGCCCAUAAACAGAACGAUUCCUUUACAGUCCCUGUAUCUGGGUCAACACAAAGCUAUGUUAAUGACCUCCAGGUCUACACGCUUUACGUGAUUCGUGUUUCGGCAGUAAACGACGUCGGAGAAGGACCCAAAAGUACGGCAUUUACAGCACGAACUAUGGCAAGUGCUCCAUCUCGAGCUCCUACCUUGGUAACCGCGUACAACACGAGCUCCACAAGUCUGGCAUUGAAAUGGAGUCACGUGCCAAAGCAGUACUUCCGAGGAAACCCAAUUGGAUACAACAUUAUUUAUUACCCAGUUGAUUUAGAGAGUGAUUUCAAUUUUGUGAGUGUGAAUUACACGACGAACACUACAACCCUCAAGGACCUGGCUGUGUAUACCAUGUACGUUAUUAAUGUGUCAGCAGUGAGUUCUGGAGGAGUGGGGCCUGCAAUUAUGGCAAUAACGCGAACAGAUGCAGAAGCUCCAUCUCGAACUCCUGACCUGGUAACUGUGCAUAACACAAGCUCCACAAGUCUGGUAGUGACAUGGAGUCACGUGCCAAAGCAGUAUUUUCAAGGAAAGCCUCUUGGAUACAACGUUGUUUAUUACCCGGUUGAUUUAAAAAGUGAUUUCAAGUUUGUGAGCGUUAACUACACGACAAACACUACAACCCUUACGGAUCUGGCCGUGUACACCAUCUACGUAGUUAAUGUGUCAGCAGUGAGUUCUGGAGGGGUGGGGCCUGCAAAGAUGGCGAUGACUCGAACGGGCGCAGAAGCUCCAUCUCAAGCACCUGACUUGGUAACCGCGUACACCACAAGCUCCACAAGUCUGGUGGUGACAUGGAGUCACGUGCCAAAGCAGUAUUUUCAAGGAAAACCUAUUGGAUACAACAUUACGUAUUACCCAGUUGAUUUAGAGAGUGAAAUAAGGUUUGCCAGUGUGAACUACACGACAAACACUACAACCCUUACGGAGCUAAAUGUUUAUACCAAGUAUGCCAUUAACGUGUCAGCAGUGAGUUCUGGAGGACUGGGGCCGGCAAAUAUGACAAUGGCUCGAACAAGCUCAGAAGCUCCAUCUCGAGCUCCUGACCUUGUGGCCGCUCAUAAUACAAGCUCCACAAGUCUGGUAGUGACAUGGAGUCACGUGCCAAAACAGUAUUAUCAUGGAAAGGUCAUUGGAUACAACAUUAUUUAUUACCCAGUUGAUUUAGAGAGUGAUUUCAAGUUUGUGAGUGUGAACUACACCACAAACACUACAACCCUUGCGGAGCUGCAUGUUUAUACCAAGUAUGCCAUUGAUGUGUCAGCAGUGAGUUCUGGUGGAGAAGGGCCUGCAAAAUCGACCUUGGCUUCAACAGAUAAUCCGUGUCGCAGCUCACCAUGUCGUAACAACGGGACCUGUCAAUUAUCUGGUGAUGUUGUGUUCUGUGAUUGUCCUGAGAAAUUCUAUGGUGACGUCUGUGAGAUUUUUGUAUCCGCCCCCACUGCACCGCCUGGUCAAGUCUUCGUAACAGCAGCAAGCCCUACAAGUUUGAGGGUCUCUUGGGGUAGUGUUCCGGAACAAAAUCGCCAUGGAGAUAUUUUUCAAUAUAAUGUUUAUAUCAGCCUUGCCCAUAAACAGAACGAUUCCUUUACAGUCCCUGUAUCUGGGUCAACACAAAGCUAUGUUAAUGACCUCCAGGUCUACACGCUUUACGUGAUUCGUGUUUCGGCAGUAAACGACGUCGGAGAAGGACCCAAAAGUACGGCAUUUACAGCACGAACUAUGGCAAGUGCUCCAUCUCGAGCUCCUACCUUGGUAACCGCGUACAACACGAGCUCCACAAGUCUGGCAUUGAAAUGGAGUCACGUGCCAAAGCAGUACUUCCGAGGAAACCCAAUUGGAUACAACAUUAUUUAUUACCCAGUUGAUUUAGAGAGUGAUUUCAAUUUUGUGAGUGUGAAUUACACGACGAACACUACAACCCUCAAGGACCUGGCUGUGUAUACCAUGUACGUUAUUAAUGUGUCAGCAGUGAGUUCUGGAGGAGUGGGGCCUGCAAUUAUGGCAAUAACGCGAACAGAUGCAGAAGCUCCAUCUCGAACUCCUGACCUGGUAACUGUGCAUAACACAAGCUCCACAAGUCUGGUAGUGACAUGGAGUCACGUGCCAAAGCAGUAUUUUCAAGGAAAGCCUCUUGGAUACAACGUUGUUUAUUACCCGGUUGAUUUAAAAAGUGAUUUCAAGUUUGUGAGCGUUAACUACACGACAAACACUACAACCCUUACGGAUCUGGCCGUGUACACCAUCUACGUAGUUAAUGUGUCAGCAGUGAGUUCUGGAGGGGUGGGGCCUGCAAAGAUGGCGAUGACUCGAACGGGCGCAGAAGCUCCAUCUCAAGCACCUGACUUGGUAACCGCGUACACCACAAGCUCCACAAGUCUGGUGGUGACAUGGAGUCACGUGCCAAAGCAGUAUUUUCAAGGAAAACCUAUUGGAUACAACAUUACGUAUUACCCAGUUGAUUUAGAGAGUGAAAUAAGGUUUGCCAGUGUGAACUACACGACAAACACUACAACCCUUACGGAGCUAAAUGUUUAUACCAAGUAUGCCAUUAACGUGUCAGCAGUGAGUUCUGGAGGACUGGGGCCGGCAAAUAUGACAAUGGCUCGAACAAGCUCAGAAGCUCCAUCUCGAGCUCCUGACCUUGUGGCCGCUCAUAAUACAAGCUCCACAAGUCUGGUAGUGACAUGGAGUCACGUGCCAAAACAGUAUUAUCAUGGAAAGGUCAUUGGAUACAACAUUAUUUAUUACCCAGUUGAUUUAGAGAGUGAUUUCAAGUUUGUGAGUGUGAACUACACCACAAACACUACAACCCUUGCGGAGCUGCAUGUUUAUACCAAGUAUGCCAUUGAUGUGUCAGCAGUGAGUUCUGGUGGAGAAGGGCCUGCAAAAUCGACCUUGGCUUCAACAGAUAAUCCGUGUCGCAGCUCACCAUGUCGUAACAACGGGACCUGUCAAUUAUCUGGUGAUGUUGUGUUCUGUGAUUGUCCUGAGAAAUUCUAUGGUGACGUCUGUGAGAUUUUUGUAUCCGCCCCCACUGCACCGCCUGGUCAAGUCUUCGUAACAGCAGCAAGCCCUACAAGUUUGAGGGUCUCUUGGGGUAGUGUUCCGGAACAAAAUCGCCAUGGAGAUAUUUUUCAAUAUAAUGUUUAUAUCAGCCUUGCCCAUAAACAGAACGAUUCCUUUACAGUCCCUGUAUCUGGGUCAACACAAAGCUAUGUUAAUGACCUCCAGGUCUACACGCUUUACGUGAUUCGUGUUUCGGCAGUAAACGACGUCGGAGAAGGACCCAAAAGUACGGCAUUUACAGCACGAACUAUGGCAAGUGCUCCAUCUCGAGCUCCUACCUUGGUAACCGCGUACAACACGAGCUCCACAAGUCUGGCAUUGAAAUGGAGUCACGUGCCAAAGCAGUACUUCCGAGGAAACCCAAUUGGAUACAACAUUAUUUAUUACCCAGUUGAUUUAGAGAGUGAUUUCAAUUUUGUGAGUGUGAAUUACACGACGAACACUACAACCCUCAAGGACCUGGNACUAUGGCAGGUGGUAACUCCUACUGCACCACCUGGUCAAGUUUCUGCAAAAGCAACAAGUCCUACAAGUUUGCUUGUCAGUUGGAGUAGUGUUCCGGAACAGCAUCGUCAUGGGAAAAUCCUUCUACAUCACGUUUACAUCAGUCACGCUAACAAGCCGGAUGAUUACCGCUCGUUCCCUACACAGAUUCCCACGCAACUUCUUUUGGGUGAUCUACAGGCUUACACGCUGUAUGUCAUUCGCGUUUCGGCCAGGAACAACAUCAGUGAAGGGCCCAAAAGUGUGCCAAUUACAGCGCGAACUAUGGAAGGCGGAUGGAGUGAAUUUGAAAGUGAAGUGCCUGAUUUAAUAAGCCAUUCCGUGUAG